AUGGCCCCCUCACCCCCCUUCCCCCUCCCAAAAUCCCACCCCGACCGCCAAAAACUCCAAGCCCUAACCUCACGCUACAAAUCCUUCCGCCUCGACGCCCUCCUCCUCGCCCCCUCCUCCUUCGGCUCAACCCACGCCCGCGAAGCCGCAUACCCCCCAGAAACAUGGACAGCCCGCCUCUCGAACCCUCGCGCAACGACAAUCGUCAUCUACCAAGACGCGACACAACCUCCUCACAGCAUCACGGCACUCACCACAACAACAACAACAACAACAAUCACCACUGCCCCAUCACCACCUCCCAAUAAGGAUGACUCGCAAUUAACCAACGUACUCACCGCAAAAUGGCUCGCCACUCUAACAAUAAACGGGCCCCUCGACCCCGAAACCCGCGCAACAUCCCUCCACCUAGACCCCUCCCUCGUCGACUUCGGUCCAACCCAUCCAACAACACCUCACCUCCCAGUGAGACAAUACGUCCUAAACGGCAUGUUCGUGAUCCCCUCGGCCCGGGGGAACAACCUGGGCACCCGGAUCCUCGAGUACGCAAAGGACCACGUCGCCAUAGACGCCAAAACGCAUGGAAAGGAAAGGAGCAGGGCACGUAUAUCACUCAUUGUCGAUUACGACAACGUUCCUGCUCGCAAAACUUAUGAGAAAUCUGGCUUCGAGAUUGUGCAUCGGUAUUGGUUCGAUGAUUACCGCGAGGGACGGGAGCCGCGUACCGAGGCGGCGGUCAUGGUGCUCGACCUCGAUAGCCAUGCUACCGAGUCCACAGAGUCAAGGGCGUGA